AGACAUCGAUCACAACUUGAACCUCCAGUAUUUCCACACCCAUCUCACCAAAGUGUUGGGCGCAAUAUCUACCUGCUUAUCCUACGAUGCAGCUGUGACUGACAGUGAACAGAGCUAUCUGCACCAGAUGCCACCUAUCGAUAGUUCUAAGCGAAGGCGCAGCUUAGAACAUCUGCUCCCUGCUCAGCCUGAUCGUCUGCUCAACGUCUACCUGCGCACAUUACGUCUCCCAGAAAAGGCCCCCAUUUGAACUGGCCCGGUAGAGAGGGGUCGAAUGCAUGUCGCCACCUGGCGUCGAUGUUCGACUCUACACAAUGGCAUGGGUGCGCGGCAGAAGGUUGCUGUCGCUGACCGCGUCCUGCAUCUGAGGCUUGAGACGUUAUGCAGUGUCGCACCAGGCAUCCAAUGAUGAUGCCUGACCAUUUUUCAGCCGCAGUUUAGCUUGGACUCAAGUGUACGCUGCACUGUUCAGACUGGUACUUCCCCAGGCUUUAUAGUAAGUCAUUUCGGACGGCCAGCCCUCUUACCUUGAUCUGUGAUGAGAAACUCUUCCUCGUGGGGACAAGGCAAAUUGCCUCGAUACCAACUCGAGAGAGGGCCUUGCUAGCCAUAUAUGGACUUUUCGGCAAAGAGACUUGAAGAAUUGGGAACGAGUAUUCCUAUCACCUGUCUGAAUGAUCACCCUCAAGGGCUCAGCCUCGUACAGGAGCAUUGACCUCUAUCAGCCACAGACAAAUCACUGAGUCUGCUUAACCGAGUUCGACAGGAGCCUCGCCCUGGUAUGGCCAAUGAGAUGUCUAGAUUCGCUGACCACGGAGCCAACUACGCUUUCAACUAUGGAAUUUGCCUUACUCGCGUCCUACUUCUUGUCACCUACGGCUAUACUUUUCGUAAGCCGCUGAAAAAGCGCACGAUUGGCAUCUUGGUGGCCUUGGCUAUUCUCUUCGUCCUGGGUCAUCUAAGUUUUGCCCCUCAGCAAUCUUCCUCCGUGAAACCAAAACACAAUGCGUCCAUUACCUCAGUUGCAGUGUCCGCUGACCUGGCGGAGUGGUGUUUAAGCGUGUUUCUUGCGGCCAAUCUUGUUUACUACCUACAUCGAUGGCCUAUCAACGUCAGCAUUUAUGCUCUCAUACUUUGUCCGUUAACGGCGCUGCUCAGCAUAAUUAACGGCCAACAUCACCGCCAUGUUCUACCACAAAUUUCCCCUUCAACUGCCCCCUACUUCUGGGUCUUAUUUGCGUGUUCUAUGUUACCAAUGCACCACUCCUGGGGUUCUCUGGGCGACUUACGCUUCCCGUUGGAAGACGUGCUAGUCUUUGUCCAAGCCGGCCGACAGGCAGUACGCGAGCGGCGUAACCCUCCAGAUGGCAUCGGGAUUGGGACAGGCGCUCUGGAAGGGUUUGCGUUGGCCGACGCCUUGGAAGGGAUUGAUGAUACCGAAUCAAGCAGAUCUGAAAGGCGACAGGCCUUCUCGGAGUGGUCUACAGGGAUCACCUACAACCAUCUAACGGAUGAUAAAAUCCGCAUUCUUCAGGUUGUCGUUGACGACCUGACAUCGCCGGAUGAACUAAGGUUCACACUCACCGAUCGCCCGCUCUCCGAGAUCGAAGGUGAAUACGCGGCUGUAAGCUACUACUGGGGCAAGCACACCCAAGAAAGGAAGAGCAUAUACAUCAACGGACGCAAAGCCUUCGUCACGGCAAGACUCUACGAUACCUUGUUGGAGGUACGCCAUGUUUGGAAGAAGCCUUUCUGGGUCGACGCUCUCUGCAUCAACCAAGGUGAUCUAGCCGAACGAAGUGCCCAGGUGCUUCGAAUGAAAGCCAUUUACGGAAGGGCGAAGGAGGUCUUGGCCUGUAUCGGCACGGAGGAUGAUGAUGACCAUUGCCCUCUGAUGAUGAAUUUCCUAAGUGGAAUAUCCAUGGACUUACCUGAGAAUAUUGAGUUCCCGGCGUACGGCAAGGCUUCGUUCGACGAUCUGAAGGCAUUGGUCCGGCGGCCGUACUGGCGCAGAGUGUGGAUCAUACAGGAAAUUGCUGCCGGCAGAAAGGUGUCACUGCUGGCGGGCGGCGAGCAUGUACCGCUGGACAAACUCUCCUAUCUUCUCGCGCACGUGGAUAAGCAGCCGCCGCCGGAAGCGGAAUGGCCUCAGUUUAACCAAGACUUACAUCUAGUCAGGCAGAUCCUUGAGAUUCGCACACGUCGAAUCAACGACAAACCGUUGCGGCUGCUUCAAAUCUUGGCUAAGACGCAGAGAUCACUUUCUACGAUACCUCAUGACAAAGUAUUCGGCUUACUGAGCUUGACCACUGAUGGCCCCGAUUUUAUCGCCGAGCCAGAUUACAAACUAUCCGAGACCGACGUUUGCAAGAGGAUGACUCGGUCGUUUAUUGAAUCUCGACAGAAUCUCGACAUUAUCUUGGCUGGCAGCCAGCACUCGGAAGAUUCUCCGUUGCCGUCCUGGUGUCCGGAUUAUUUAAGGAUUGCCAGCACCUCGCUGGCACAUGAUGACAAUAUGUUCGUGAAGUAUCUUUCUCGCGAGGACAAGUGCUACCGACUAGGAAAGCAAGGCGUCAUAUGGGAAACCACUGGUGGACGCAAUGGAGAGCGAGGAGUUCACGUCGACUUCCGCGACGACGAAUUGUGGCUACGAGGUCUUCGCAUUGGAACCAUUGCGGGACUCGGCGCCACUGGACGACAGAGCACGGCAGCAGACGCCGAAGAGCACCGCUUUGUACUUUCGAAGCAAGACACGAAUCUUGUCAAGACCAAGCCUAGCAAGGGUGGCCACGCAAAUACCCACGCACGACGGCCCUCGAGUGAUCCGUCAACCGCGAAACGAGGCUACUCAACCUAUGACGGUCUGUGUCGCAUGCUCCUCGUCCACGACAGCCAUUACGUCGAGUUCACCAAGAGCCCAAUCGUGCUAGGGAUGCUCUACAAUAUUGGGUACCUGGCGUAUGCGGCUUUCGGAGGUUCCAAGGCGGAUAUGGUGCUGAACUGGCUGAAGAAGAACCGCAAUUUUCUCGUUCACGGCAAGACGCUGCGCGACAGGGCGUUCUACUCGUGGGACCGUGUCGGCCACAACUACUUUGCCGGUUUCUUCAAGUUGAACGCCAAAACCAUGACCGUCUGGCAUUAUCGGCAUAUCACCGAAUCCGUGUCACGUAUCAUCGCCCAGAACUUGCGGCUCAUGUCCACCUCUGGGGGAGAGGUCGGCUGGGUCCACCCGCGCGCCAAACUGGACGAUGAGAUCUUUCUUUUUCAGGGGUGCAGCCUGCCUGUUGUGUUACGUCCAUUGGGAAAUGAACCACGCAUGGCUUCUACCCAGAGGCUGCCAACUCCCACCUCGGCCAUGAAGCAUCGUCCUAGUGAUUCCACUGUCAGCACACUCGUGCCACCGCCGAGGUAUCGUGUCGUGGGCCACGCUAUUGUCGAUGGAUAUAUGGAUGGCGACCGCUGGUCUAAGACUAACGACAGCGAACUCACUGACAUUACCGUGGUAUGAUCGACGGCAGACCAGCAUUGCGAUCAUGAUUGUCCCCCGUUCAUUCUAGCACCUGUCGCGAGCCUUAUCAUUGUGGGCUGUGUGUCCGAUUCAACACAGAGCUGAGCCCAUGAUUUGCGGAGCUUUACAGGGUGGGUCAGGGUCAAGCUGAACCAGAGUCCACCAUAAAAGCGCGGUGAAUCUGGCUGUAAGUGUGUCAAUCACUCGUCUUGAGUUACUAUUUUCGUUCCUAGUAUGCGUAUUAUACGUGUCACUUGGACGAUCUGAAGCGCCGAUAUACUUAUUGUGUUCACAGGUGCCGUGGAGUACAAAAGGAUUUACAUAUAUGUGUGCGUGUCUGUAUAUGCUAAUGAUCUGGUUAAUGUGGAGCUGCUGGCAAGUGGUUUAUUAGACGUGUGUUAAAAGUCGACUGAUGGUAGUUAUCCAUCAUUUGGUGCUGUUCUGGUACAGUCAUGAGCCUCAUUAUGGAAAGGUCUGUUCAGAAGCCGAUGAGAGGUUUUCCGGCUGAGCACACAGGAGUAUUAAAAACUGCUUGAACCUAUUCUAAAAGUUGAUCAAGCCAAAGUACACCAGGAACAAGAUCCUACUAUACGCCGACUCACUUCUGUGGUAGCACUUGACAGUAGAACACGAAACUUUUCUUCUCUUCC